GCGCGCGGCCAAGGGUCCCAUCGUGUCCGUGCAGCGGCAGUUCAUCGGUGAGUGAGUUGCUGGAUGCACCACUACGCCGCUCCGCUCUGAGCCACGCGCUCCCUCGCUCACCUGCCGCACGUGGAUAUCAGUCACCUCAGUUUUGCUUGUCAGUGCGCGUUGGACUGUGCUUAGCGGUGCCUCGAGACCUGCUUAGUGUGGUGGUGCCCGCCUGCAGGACUGACUGGUACGUUAAUAAAGAAAGUGGAGGGCUUGCACUGCCGGGCUGAGGAGGAAGGGAAAGUCACGUGACGGCGCGCGUUGAGAGUGUGAGGGCGCCGCUGACGGGGGUAGGGGAGCGCCGAGCAGCCCCGCACCACUACCCUCCGCCAGGCAGCCGCGCGAUCCCGGCGGACACACAACUCUCGUGCCUCUCCGACAGCCUGCCUGCCCGACCUGCACACCUGGCUGCUCACUGACCUUCCUGCCCGCCCGUCUACCCUUCUGAGGUCUUUACAGUGCUGGAAAAGACCAACGAACUGAGAGCUGCUGAAGAUCUCUGCCGCUGAGUGAUCUCCUUGAGGUCGACUCCUGGGCGCACUCCGUCUCUCUCCAGGACAAGGAAUCUCUCUGGAGCCCUUUCUUCAGGCGCAGACACGGGCCGGGACCAGCGGGAGCCAAGGUCUGUAGUGGUCUUGUCUUAGCUGAGGCUGCAGGCGAGUGACAGGAUGGACGUGGUGCUGGGCCAUCGCUUCCCGCAACACAGCCAAGACUUCCCCCCCGCCAAGGGUGUCAUGUACAACGGAGAUAAAACUCCUGACACUACCAUGGGCCUUAGAAACUUGAAUGACAAGGAAAACUCCACACCACUGCGAUCACACGAAGUGGACGCGGGGAGAGCAACCUCCACACACAUCACGGGCGGCGCCAAGCAUUCCAGGCAGCUGUACACGACACUGCAGGGUCAGCGGCUUUCCAGCGAUGAUAGAAAGCAAAGCACUGCAGAGGAAGCAGCGCUGGAUAAGAAAGAAACCCAGACAAACGAGGGAAGGAAGCAAGUGUCUACAAUGCCAGACGAAGCGACGGUAGACAAGAAGGCGAGCCAGCCCAACGACAAGCCUAAAAUGCAGUCGAUCCUGAGACGAACUCCCUCCACGGCCAGCCCCGAGGAGCGAGACACGAGGGACUCCGCCGAAUCCAGCGACGGGAAAGACGGACAAGACAGCGGCGGCGAGAGGGAGAUGAGCUGGGGCCGGAGGGCGUGGGACAUGACACAGCGGAUGAAGGCACAGAUGAGAGAGGAGUUUUUCAAGGUGCCUUACGAGGAGUGCAACAGAGAGGCGGCGCGGAGCCUUGGCGGGCGCCUCAACAAGUCCGAGCCGCGACUUCACACCCUCGGCAAGGACAGGAAGAAAAGGAACUCACUCUCCUACAAGCGAAGGGUGCACUUUGACCUUGACUACGAUGACGAGGAGGACAGGAAGCCGCUGAGAACCCGCAGUAAGUCUUUCGAGGCGGCGGACCCAGUGAAGAAGGUUGUGGUAUCGAUUUACUCCAUAGACAACAAGCCGAAGAGCGUCAUUCAGCCGGACUCCCUCAAGUACCUCGACGCCGCGGGAGGCAGACACACGCCCACCACAGCAAGAGCUAAGAGUGCUCGUCCAACAGACCUCGACAGUUUGCAGCAGGCCUCGGCGAGUGUGGCAGACAGACAGCAACAGCAACAACCUACCGAUCAAGUCACCACACCCACGGCCACCACAAGAACACCACUGAGGGCCGACUCCACCACCACCACCACCACGAGAAACAACCUCCACACAACACCAGCGCCUCAAGCCUCCAGCCCCUCGCCCCUCAGCCCUCAAGAGCCAACCUUCACACCAAGACACUCUCCUCCGUCGCCUCUGCACACUCAUACUCCCUAUACCCCGCACUCUGCCUCCCAGCCCUCAUCUCUCAACGCUGACCAACCCAAGUCCUCACCUCACGUAUCUAACCCACCCCAGCCAGCGCCAACACCUUCCACGCCCUCACUGCAUGCCUCUGACCCUCCAAAGCCUGCCCCACCCCCUGUCCCCGCCCCACGGUCACGUCUCAUCAAAGCACACUCGCUCCCGGCCACUCAGCCAACCCAUCACUCAACCCUUCAGCCAGACAACCAAGCAGCCACUCAGUCCCCUUACCCACCAAUCCUAGAGGCAAUUCACCGCUCCAUCUCUCAACCAACCCAUCAGCCAGACCUUCAGCCAUCGCCCCCUCGCCCUGACUAUCUCAACCUAGGCCUUCCCUCCUCCGUGCGGGCUGCCAUCCAGGUCUUCACACCCACUAAGACCCUCCUCCACCCACAGAGAGCUGCACCCACACACACAGAGCGCACAUCACCCCCAGCACCUUCCACCGCCAACACACCCGCCACCAUUACAACCCUCAGCAGCCCUAUGGUGUCCCCGGUAGCCCCCUCAACGCCUCAGUCCCCCAGAAAUACCCCCAACAUGACAUCCGCCGCCCCUAUUCCCAUGCCCCGUAAGCGGAUAUCGGUGUCACAGCAAACACCCACGCCUCAGCAGUCUCCAUACCACCAACACAACAAUAACAACAACACUACCGCUAAGAACAUUAACAAUAACAAUUCUGCCCACGCACGGACCGCCUUCCUGAGCUCCAUGGAUUCUCAGGCCGCAAAAAGCAACGUCGGUGGAGCCCAAACAGUGAACGGUAACCUUAUGCACAAGACACUAGAGGAGUUCACAAGCGUUACUGAUAAUAAAACGAGCCUCAACAACAACUCACACGCCUUCCUGAGCUCCGUGGAUUCUCAGGCCGCAAAAAGCAACGUCGGUGGAGCCCAAACAGUGAACGGUAACCUAAUGCAGAAGAUACAAGAGGAGAUCACAAGCGUUUCUGAUAACAAAACUAACCUCAACAACAACUCACACGCACGGGCCGCGUUUCUAAGCUCUCUGGAUUCUCAGGCCGCAAAAAGCAACGUCGAUGGAGCCCAAACAGUGAACGGUAACCUAAUGCACAAGAUACAAGAGGAGAUCACAAGCGUUUCUGAUAACAAAACCAACCUUAACAACAAUUCACACGCACGGGCCGCUUUCCUGAGCUCCAUGGAUUAUCAGGCUGCGAAAAACAACCUGACUAACGCCCAUACAUUGAACCCGAUGCACAAGACACAAGAAUUCACAAGCCUUACUGAUAAUACCCACAAAACCAACCUUAACAACAAGUCAUCCCACGCACGAACCGCCCUUCUUAGCUCCAUGGAUUCUCAGGCUGCGAAAGACAAGCUGACUAACGCCCAUACAGUGAACCCAAUGCAUAAGAUUCACGAGGAGUCCGCCAGCUUUACCACAGUCUACCCUGAAAAGAGUGGGAGAACCGGCGCAGCGAGGCGAAGAAAGAGCACGAACCUUGAUAGGGAAAACUGCGUCAAUAUCCUCAUGACCAAAGGGGAGAGUUACGCCAAGCACAACAUCGUCAUCAGCAGCCAUACGUCGUCAGCGCCGCCGUCAGUCACCGUCAGGAAGGUUCUCGUACCCUCGACCACCCCGUCCAGAAGCUCGCCCUCCCCCACCCCCUCCUGCGCCUCCUCCAGCUGCUCCUUCGGGUCCUCGGGCAGCUCGUCUGGGUGUUACUCCGGUUCUCCGUCACCGACCCCGACGCCGUCCCCGACCAGGAUCAGGGCAUCGUGCACGCCGACGGAUCUCUAAGAUGUCGGCUGGUGUUGCGGAGGGCCUGCCAAUACCUAACCCCACGACGAGACACAGUAGCCAGACGGACGGACCUGCCUCGCUUCGACCCAACGAGUGAGUGAAGCCUGAACAUGAUCGCCAGAACCCCCCGCUGCCGCCACCACCACCUUCAGUCUUGCCUUGGACGCGGCCAGGGCAGAGAGAGUGUCCCCGUUGCCUCCACCUUCAUCCUGAGCCCCCGCGGCGGUGCUCCUCCUGCCGCUCCGUUGCGUCAAGUCUCCGGGUCCUUGAAGCACUCAAAGUCCGGGAGUUUUCGUGCGUCAGUGUGCGUGAUGAGUCAGGAGGAAUCUUCACCCUGCGAUGUGUGACGAAAGGAUUGAAUCACCCUUCUGUAAUUACGAGAAGUGACUCAUCUUGUGACAAAUGCGUUACCGUCAGCGGCUUUCUCCAUUCUGUAACCGCUGUUCGCCCAAGCACAUUAUAUGACCAAAGGAAAAGGGUUGUAUUUGCGAUAAGGCAGACAGAUAAUGUAACCGGGAAAAGAGUGCAACACGCGUCUCCUAUAGAAUCUUUGUCAUACAUAUAGGGAAGAGAAAUCACAGGCAAAGGAAUUAAGACUGCUUCAGAGUUUACCACUGAAAGAGUGAAAGAACUGCGUGACUGACAGUGAAAGAGAGAGGAAGAAGAUUAUAGAAUGGUAGUGAGCCUUGUAAUUAUACCGAGAAACUGAUCCUGAACUGCGUGACUGACA